GAAAUGAAAAAACCACUUGCUACAACAAAAAAAGCAAAACGUCAACGUAUUAAAACUCAAAGAAAAUUUUCAAAAUCGGCAAGACGUGGAAAAUUGAGAAAAUAUGCAAAGGAUAAAAUAAUUGAAGUUCGGCAAGCGAGGCAGAGUAAAAGUAAUGGAAGAUUCGACAAGAUUCGAAAUGAUUGGCUUCGUGAUAGAGAAAUGCGUCAAAAUGAUUCUGAUUCGAAUUAUAGCGAUAAUGAAGAAGAGGAAUACAAAGAAAUAGUUAAACAGCAAAAGGAAGAGGAAGAAGAUGAAAAUGAGGAGAUGGAUAUGGAAGAAAUUAAAAAACAUUUUUUAUCAUUUGGAGGUUUUGAAGAAGAAAAAGAAAUGUUAUUACCUAUAAAAAUUGGUGGAAAAUUAAUUAAUAGAGUUAAAAUGGAUGUUGAAGAAGAGGUGGAGGAUGAUGGUGAAAUUGAGGAAGGAAUGGAAAUGAAAUUAAAUAUGGAGGAAGAGGAGAAGGAACGGGGAAAAGCUUCAUUUCCAAAUUUAACAAAUUUGGAUGAUCAACAAUUGAAAGAGCUUUAUACAAAAUUAAUUGAAGAAGCGAAAAUAAAAAUUCCAACAAAUGCAGAACUAAUAAUUGCUGAUCCAAAUGAAAACAUUUCAAAAUUUCGUAUUUUAUUAAAAAUGGCUUUUGGAGAAGAUUUGACACCUUUAAUCCGUGAAGAUAUUCAAAAACUUGCGACAGCUACUUUAUCUGAAGUUUUUGUUAAUAUAUUGCCUGGAUAUAAAAUACAUACUUUAACGGAUGUUGAAAAAGGACAAAAAAUGAAGAAGGAAACUAAAAGAUUAGCAUCAUUUGAACAAUUAUUGCUUCAAUAUUAUGUCAAAUAUCUCAAAUUUUGUGAAAAAACUGCUAAUAGUUGGAAAUUUUUAUUUUUAAUAAAAUUAAAAAUUUUUUUAAUUUUCAAAGAAUUAUUUUCAACAAAAAUUGAUCAAAACAAUUUGUCAUUUUCUGCUCAAUUUGGAAUUUUAUGUGGAAAAUGUUUGUGUCUUUUAUUAGAAAAAUGUUCACAUUUUAAUUAUGCUUCAAAUAUAAUUUCUUGUUUGGCAAGACUAAGUCUUUGUAAAUGUAAAAAUUUACUUGACUCAAUUUGUUCCGCAUUUUCUACAAUGUUUGCAGAUGAUUGUUCUCUACAAAUUUCAUUAAAUGGAGUUAAAGCAAUAUCAAAACUAGUCGAAAAGAAAAAGGCUUAUGUUCCUGCACAAUUAAUUUCAACACUUUUAUUUUUAAAUAUUAAGGAGAUUGAUCGUGAUGGAACUGAAACAAAACGAUUAAAAAAAGAAAAAUUGAUAAAAAAGAAACAAAUGGCAAAUAAAAAACGGAGAAAGUUAGACAAACAAAUUGGCAAAUUAGAAAAUGAAUUGUUAGAAGCAAUUGAAUCAAAAACAUUUUCAACAAAAUUACAAAUUUCAACACAAAUAAUGCACAAUGUUUUUCUAAUUUAUUUUAAAAUACUUAAAAGGAUGCCACAAACAGAAUUAUUAAGCCCAGUUUUACAAGGAUUGUCUAAAUUUGUUCAUUUAAUUUCUAUUGAUUUUUAUGAUGAUUUGAUGCAACAUUUGGGACGUUUAGUUGAACAAAAGCAACUUAAAGUAACAGAAACACUAAAUUGUAUACACACUGCUAGUCAUAUAUUUACCGGUGAAGGACAAGCAACAAUAGAAGUUGAUUUACAAAAAUUUUAUAAAGCUUUGUAUAAUGUAAUGCCAAAUAUAUGUUUUCAACCGGAAGAAGUUUUACUUUUAAUCGAAUCAAUUCAAUUAUUAUUAAUUAAAAGAAGAAAAAGUGUUUCAAUUAAAAAAGCUGCUUCAUUUAUUAAACGUUUAGCAUUAAUUAUAGUUGGAAUUAAUUUAAUUGAUGAAAAUUGUGCUGCUGGACUUUUGUUGAUUUUGAGAAGAAUAUUUUUGAUCUUUCCUUCAUUAAAACCAAUGAUUGGAAAUGGCCCAAAUAACGAAGAGGAAGAAGACUUUAUUGUUGAUAAUGGCCAAUAUCGUCCAGAUUGUUCUGAUCCAGAUUAUAGUAAUUCUGUUGGAACAAGUAUUAAAGGAGAAUUGGAAUUAAUUUUAAAGAAUCAAAAUAAUCAAUUAACUAAAAUGUUGGUGUUACACUUAUUAAAUGGAUUAAAUUUGACUGGAAAAUAUAAAUUGGAUGUAAAAUGGUCGAGCAUGGAACCUUCAGAAUUGUUUAAUAAAACACUAAAAAAUGAUGAUGAAAAAAAUAAAAAUGAGAGGAGAAAAUUGAAAAAAGAAUUUUUUGAAAAAUUGGAAAAUUUUGCAAAGAAAAUCAAAUCAAAAAAUUCAAAACUACAAGGUUUUGGUUCUUCAAAUUUUUGUUCUACUCUAAAUUGUUUUAUUGAAGCUAAUAAUAAAAAUUGUUAA